GUCGUCAUCGCGGCGCGACCGCCGGAAGUCUUCCCCAGGUUCGCCGACUCGCAGGCUUUGCCGGGCCUGGCGGAGAGGCCCCGAGCCGCGAUGGACGAGCCGGGGGCGGCGCCCCCGGAGAAGCCCGGGGAGGGCUCCGCGGCGGAGGAGGUGCCGGCCGCGGCCGCCGCCACUCCCGAGCCGGCCCCGGGCGCUGCCCCGCCGCCCGACGGGGCCCCGGAGGACCCCGACUGCGAGGAGAAGGAGGCCUCUGCCGAGGAGCCGGAGCUCCGAGGCCAGGAAGCGGCCGAUUUCCUCGGUGCCGGCAGGGAGGACUCCUCCGCCCUCCCUCCCGCGGCCAAGAAAGUGAAGAUAGAGACCAAGGAGAGGAAAGAGAAGGAGCACAAAGUGGACGAAGACGAAAUCCAGAAGAUGCAGAUCCUGGUCUCCUCCUUUUCUGAAGAGCAGCUAAACCGCUAUGAGAUGUACCGGCGCUCCGCCUUCCCCAAGGCCGCCAUCAAAAGGCUCAUCCAGUCCAUCACCGGCACCUCGGUGUCCCAGAACGUCGUCAUCGCCAUGUCCGGCAUCUCCAAGGUCUUCGUCGGGGAGGUGGUGGAGGAAGCGCUGGACGUGUGCGAGAAGUGGGGCGAGCUGCCCCCGCUGCAGCCCAAGCACAUGCGCGAGGCGGUCCGGAGGCUCAAGGCCCGGGGCCAGAUCCCCAACUCGAAGCACAAAAAGAUCAUCUUUCACUAGUCCGAGAGCUUUGCGAGCCCCGCCCCCCCCCCAGGGAGGAGGCGACUGUUCUUGCCCCCUGCUGCGCAGGGAGCCCUGUUCUGUGUGAGCCCGCCGUCCCCGCCCGGGCAGACGCGAGUCCCAGCCUCGGCCCGCCGGGCUUCCACAGCCGAUGCACCCGUCAGAGCAGCAGCAUCCUCUUCGCCAUUGCCUUCCUCCGCUGUGGCUGUCUAGUUCAGGUUAUGUUGGAUCAUAACUAAUAACUGAAAAGGAGACGAGUCCUUAUUUAUUAUACGCUCCUUGCACAGAUUUUCAGAGUACCGGUUUCAAAAUUCUUCUAAGGAACAUUCAUCAUGAUUAUUCUCAAAAGUUACCUUAUUUUGCAAGAUUCCGCCUCGGGACCCUAAAUUGCUAUAUCAGGGCCUCCUGUCUGCAGCAGGCCAGAAAUUUGUAACUUGUACAAUUUGACAGUUUAGUUUACAAUGUUAGUGCAUGGUGGAAUGAUAGAAUAAGUUUAUUCCUUUGUAAAAACUACACAUUAUCAUGUGGCUUUUGGUGUGUGAUCAUUAAACUGUUUUCUCAUUUGGGAAAGACAUUAAUUGCCCUCUUCCCCUGAAGUCCUGCUCAGGUGCGACUUGUUUCGGGAAACCUUACCUAAUUCUCCAGCUGAAAUGGACCUCUCCUAUGUAUUUCUUAAGGCACUUUGUUUAGACUUUUCCUCCCCUUUUAUCUACCUUGUGUCUUAAUUGCUUAUGUAUUUUUUUUUUAAUCAAUCCUAUUAAUCUGUAAGAUCUUUGAGGGUGUGGAUUUCCUGUUUUUUCCACUCUGUGCCCCUAGAUCUUGGUAUGGUUCCUUAUUCAUGGUAGACAAUUAUGUUUGUUGUUGAUUUUGUCAUUGGGGAAAACUGAGACAAGGACUUCUCAGUUUGUUCAAUUCAGCAAGCAUGUAUUAUGUAGCUUCUUUGUGCCCAAUCCUGUAUUAAGCAUUAUAAAUAAAAGAAAAUAUAACUCCAGCA